UCUCUCUCUUUUUUUUUCUUUCCUCUUCUUGUUUUGUGUAUGCAAGUUUCUCUCUGCUUCCUCCAAUAAUGUCAUAGCAACCCUUCACUCAUUUCCCACUUCUUCCCUCUGUAAAUAUCAUUUCAGGGCCUCCCCAAAUUUUUGGUAUUUCAACCCCAAGAAUGGAAAAAGAGCCUCUUAAGCAGUCCCUGAACUGAAAACUCAAACUGGGUCCUGUCUCUAAUUCUGAUUUGCGCUCCAAAGCUACGUGCUUUCUCUGCAAAGAUUGAAGCUUUUUUCGUUUCUGGGUCAUGUGGUUUGGUAACUUGUUGACUUGAUAGAGCAACUGGGUUUUGUUAAUUCGUCGAAAUUAAAGUGUUGGUUGGUUGGUUCUGUGUUCUUGGAGAUUCAGAUUCUGGGUUGGUGAGGUAAAACUGCCACAAGUCAUCGUUGUUAUUUAUUUGUGCAAAAGUAUUUACUGUCAGUGACCACAGCCUUAGCUUGAGCAAUACCAGAGCCAUACUAAAGAGAUGUGGUCCCUUGCAUUCAGCUGAAAUGAAGACGUUACAGAGUGGGCAAGAAAUACAAUCUUCAAACCAAGCUAUACAUGAUACACAAGGUGACCAAGUGAAAAACCAAACAAAUGAGGCUCCUGGAACUGAUUCAGCUUCAAUAUCAUCUUCAGGCAAUGACAACAAGAAAGUAUCACGCCAAGAUAUUGAACUUGUCCAGAAUCUAAUAGAGCGGUGUUUACAAUUAUAUAUGAAUAGAGAAGAGGUGGUUAAGACUCUCUUGACUCGCGCAAGAAUAGAUCCUGGAUUUACCACUUUGGUAUGGCAGAAGUUGGAAGAAGAAAAUGCCGACUUUUUCAGGGCCUAUUACAUAAGGCUAAAAUUGAAGAAACAAAUCAUCCUGUUUAAUCAUCUACUGGAGCAUCACUGUCAUCUGUCGAAGUAUCAUCCCAUGCAUCCAAAGGUUCCGUUGGCACCUAUACAGAAUGGGAUUCAUCCCAUGCCUGUUAACAACUUACCUAUGGGAUACCCUGUCCUUCAGCAACCUCCAAUGCCAGCAGCAGGUCAACCCCAUCUUGAUUCCAUGGGAAUAUCUAACUGUCAUGUAGUUAAUGGAGUUCCCGCACCGAGCAAUUUCCAUCCAAUUCGGAUGAAUUCUGGGAAUGAUAUGGUGAUGGAUUGCAGUAGUUCUGAUGUGGUUCCUGUAAUUCCACCAAACAGCAACAUGUCAUCCAUGUCCGAAAUUCCUGUCAGUCCUACAUCAGUUGCAUCCAGUGGUCAUUUCCCUUUCACUGCAUCAGAAAUAUCAGGAAUGGGAGUAGACACAUCAGCACUUGAUACAACAUUUACAUCUGAUGUGGCAAGUAAUGGGUUGCAGCUUGGACCCGAUGGUGGGGGUGGCAGAUCACUGGAUCAGAUCCAGUGGAAUUUCAGCCUAUCAGAUCUUACAGCAGAUUUGUCCAACUUAGGAGAUUUAGGAGCCUUGGGAAACUAUCCUGGCUCCCCCUUUCUGCCUUCUGAUUCUGAAAUUCUACUAGACUCUCCCGAGCAAGAGGAUAUAGAGGAAUUCUUUGUCGAUUCUGUCCCCGAGCCACCUUGCUCUCAAUCAGACGACGAGAAACCGUAGAUAAAGGUGGGGAAAGUCCCGUUACACUUGAAAUUGAUAGGAAGGAAUAUCGCUCCAUUAGAGUUUGUCAUCCACUCACUAAAAGACACUUCAGGGUUCUAUUAUCAGCAGGUUUCAACAUUUCUAGUUAGCUAGUCUGAUCUGUAUUAGCAUACAGAUAGGAAAUUCCUUAUAAUCGACUAGUAUUUGUAAUUUUUCUUUCCAAAAACUUAAUUAUCGGCGAAAGUUGAGGAAUAAUUCAGUUGGUUGUCAUGUAUUUGGAUAAAUUGGUAUGAUUAAUGCUACUUCAAGCAUUAUCAUCCACCUCUUGCCAAGUUCCCUCUUUGCUUA